AUGGCCUGGAUACCAAGAGGAGAAGAGAACAACAGCCUCGUUCAGCCAUCUCCAGACGGCCAAAGUCUCGGCGUGCCGGCCCUCGCAACUCAUCGCGGCUCCCUAUGGUGUCUCUGGUCCUCUCCCUCCAGCGACCUCUACUACGCAAUCGGUAACAAUGACACCUUCUCGCCUCGUAACCUAUUCCCAGACCAUGGCAUUCCCGUGCUCGCGGAGCUCCUAGGCACACUGCACGUAAUAAUUGUGAGGCCAACUGGUGCAGUCGUUCACUACUUGUUCGAUGACGUGCAAGAGCUCUGGUCCGAACCUGUAGAGGUCGCGGGACUCGAGAGCCAAGGCAAGCCGGCGUUAAUUUCGUGGCACAAUAAGCUGUGUCUAGUGUUUCUGAAAGAUCAGGCGCUAUGGUAUAGUAUGUGGGUUCUUGAUAAGAACGAAGCCACGGUAUGGACUCCUUUGCAGGAGCUGAGUGGUAUUCAGAAGGUCAAGGGCAUUCCUGCGUUGUUCGUGGUGCGAGACAAACUGCACGUUCUGUGUGGGAGUGCCGAGGACGAGAAGGAGGUUUUAGGCUUCGUCUAUGAUAUCGAAAACGACGUCUGGAACACUUCCGCUGACGUCACAGAAGGAAAAGCCGUAAAUGGAGUGUCGGCGACAUCCCACGGCUCCAGCGCCUUUCUUGCGUUCCAAGAAGAGGGACCUGAUGGCGAGGCGAACACUAUCUACGUCACUGAAUUCAAAGACGGUGAAUGGCUUCCCCAGGAGCCGAUUCCGAAUCAAGUCUCUGUUGAUCCACCGCAGUUGGCGAUUUUGAAUGGGCGGAUGAACUGUGUGUUUAACGGAGAGGGUGAAGACAGUGAACUGAAGUGGUACUCGAGGAGUCUGCUUAAUUUCGAAUUGGAAAGCUGGAUGAGUGGAGUGAAAGAUAGUCGGUUGCUGAGCGACAUUACAAUCCCUGGAACUCACGAUAGUUGUGCGCGUUCAAACAUCCCAUUCGUCAGAACUCAAUACCUGUCAAUAGCGCAGCAGCUCACUUUUGGCAUUCGAUUCCUCGACCUGAGGGUUCGAGUCCAUGAUGAUGGACAGCUAUAUAUGUACCAUGGCGGAAUCCCCAUCAAUUUUCCCAUCUACCUUAAAUUUGACAGCGUGAUGCAAGAAAUCUUCGAUCAUUUCGACAAGUAUCCUUCCGAAAGCGUCCUGGUGUCGAUCAAUAACGAUGAUACUUCGGGCAAGAAAGGUUCGGAAAUCUUCUACGAUGCUAUCCAGAGCCACAUAGAAGAACACUCUGAGCGCUGGAUCACUUCGACCGGUACUGGCACCAUGGCCGAAGCGCGCGGCAAAGCCGUCCUCCUCCGCCGUUUUCACGCCCCGGAUUCCUGUGAGUCGCCCGCUGGACUCGACCUCUCAGAAUGGCUGGAUGAUAAUCCCGAUUUCACGCUCCGUACGCCCUCCGGCGCGGUCGUCACUCUGCAGGACAAGUGGAAGUACUCGGAUCGCAUCGCGCUGCAAGAUCUUGUCGAUUCAAAGUAUGGGUUUGUGGAAGCCAUGCUUGAAAAGGCCAAGAACAGUGGAGAAGAGGAGUGGCACCUUAACUUUUGCUCGGCUGUGGGCGAUCCAGUCGAGAAGGGGGAGGUUGCUGAGAGUCAUUGGAUUGCAGUGGGGGCGCAUAGUGGAAUUAUAGGGAAGUUUGUUGAGGGGAUGAACCCUACAGUGCGGAGAAGGUAUGAGUGGGAUUUAGGCAAGAGAUAUGGGAUUUUGGCGCUGGAUUAUCCGGAGUUACCAAAGGAUAAUGAUUUGGUGAGUUUAUUGAUUGGGACGAACUUUUAA